AUGCCCCUGUCGGCAGCCAUAUUUAAGAGUGAAGAGAAGAACCCCGUCCCGCAGUGCCCGCCGCGGCUGGAUGUCCAAACUAUCCAGCCUGUGCUCUGGAGCCGCAUGCCCAGCAGCUUCCUGAAGGUGGAGACGGAGAGGGUGAGCGAGCGCCAUGGCUGGGUGGUGCAGUGCCUGGAGCCCCUACAGAUGAUGGCGCUCCACAUCCCGGAAGAAAACAGGUGUGUGGACAUCCUGGAGCUCUGCGAGCAGGAGGACCUCAUGCGGUUCCAUUACCACACGCUCAGACUGUACAGCGCCCUCUGCGCCCUGGGAAACAGCCGGGUGGCCUACGCCCUGUGCAGCCACGUGGACCUGUCCCAGCUCUUCUAUGCCAUUGACAACAAGUAUCUCCCUGGCCUCCUGCGCUCAGGCUUCUAUGACCUGCUCAUCAGCAUCCACCUGGCCAGCGCUAAGGAGAGGAAGCUGAUGAUGAAGAAUGAGUACAUCAUCCCCAUUACCAGCACCACCAGGAAAAUCCGCCUGUACCCGGAUGAGUCCAAGAGGCACGGGCUUCCUGGGGUGGGCCCGAGAACAUGCCUUAAGCCAGGGUUCAGAUUCUCCACCCCCUGCUUCAUCACCACCAACGAGGAGCACCAGAAGCAGAGCCCCGAGAUUCCCUUGGAGCUUCUCAAGACGAAGGCGCUGGGCAUGCUGACGGAGGCGGUGCAGUGCAGCGGGGCUCACAUCCGGGACCCCGUCGGGGGGUCCGUGGAGUUCCAGUUUGUGCCUGUGCUGAAGCUCAUCGGAACCCUGCUGGUCAUGGGGGUGUUUGAUGAUGAUGACGUUCGGCAGAUCCUCCUCCUCAUCGACCCCUCUGUGUUUGGGGAGCACAGUGGGGAGACGGAGGAGGGAGCAGAGAAGGAGGAGGUGACGCAGGUGGAGGAGAAGGCUGUGGAGGCUGGGGAAAAGGCCAGCAGGGAAGCUCCCAUCAAAGGCUUGUUGCAAACCCGAUUACCGGAGUCCGUCAAGCUGCAGAUGUGUGAGCUGCUCAGCUACCUCUGUGACUGUGAGCUGCAGCACCGGGUGGAGGCCAUUGUGGCCUUCGGCGACAUCUAUGUCUCCAAGCUCCAGGAAAAUCAGAAGUUCCGCUACAACGAGCUCAUGCAGGCCCUGAACAUGUCUGCGGCCCUGACCGCCCGGAAGACCAGGGAGUUCCGCUCGCCCCCACAGGAACAGAUCAACAUGCUUCUUAACUUUCAACUGGGGGAGAACUGCCCAUGCCCAGAAGAGAUCCGGGAAGAGCUAUACGACUUCCACGAGGACCUUCUCCUUCACUGCGGGGUUCCCCUGGAAGAAGAGGAAGUGGAAGAAGAAGAUACCUCUUGGACUGGAAAAUUCUGUGCAUUGGUGCAGAGAAUCAAAGGCCCUCCCAAGCCAGAGAAGGAGCAACCAACAGAGGAAGAGGAGAGGUGCCCUACCACCCUGAAGGAGCUCAUCUCGCAGACCAUGAUCCGCUGGGCCCAGGAGGACCAGAUCCAGGAUGCAGAGCUGGUCCGGAUGAUGUUCACCCUCCUGCGGCGGCAGUACGACAGCAUCGGGGAGCUGCUGCAAGCGCUGCGCAAGACCUACACCAUUAGCCAGGCCUCCGUGAGCGACACCAUCAGUCUGCUAGCCGCCCUGGGCCAAAUUCGCUGCCUGCUCAGCGUCCGGAUGGGCAAGGAGGAGGAGCUACUCAUGAUCAACGGGCUGGGAGACAUAAUGAACAACAAGGUGUUUUACCAGCACCCCAACCUCAUGAGAGUCCUCGGCAUGCAUGAGACGGUCAUGGAGGUGAUGGUGAAUGUGCUGGGUACAGAAAAGUCUCAGAUUGCCUUUCCAAAGAUGGUUGCUAGCUGCUGCCGCUUCCUGUGCUAUUUCUGUCGAAUCAGCCGACAAAAUCAGAAGGCCAUGUUUGAGCAUCUAAGUUACCUGUUGGAGAACAGCAGUGUUGGCCUAGCUUCCCCCUCGAUGAGAGGAUCCACCCCGCUGGAUGUGGCCGCUUCCUCGGUGAUGGACAACAAUGAGUUAGCGCUGGGCUUAGAGGAGCCAGACCUCGAGAAGGUGGUGACCUAUUUGGCAGGCUGUGGCCUGCAGAGCUGCCCCAUGCUUCUAGCCAAAGGAUACCCUGAUGUCGGCUGGAACCCCAUUGAAGGGGAGCGCUACUUGUCCUUCCUGAGGUUUGCCGUCUUCGUGAACA